CCUAACACAUACACACACUGAUCCAACAACACUAAAGCUGGCAUACACGUACGCACACAUGCUGACACUCAUACAAGUGUAGAACCAUAAAUCCCUUUACAAAACACACAGACACAUGGUCACUCCUUUACUUUGAAGCUAUUGGUUGUUGUUACUUUUGAAAUAUUCUUUACUUGCAUUGUGUUGUUCUUGUUGCCUGGGUUUAAUAUGAAUAUGAAUAUGAAUAUGAAUAUGAAAAACAGCUCUCACGGACAUUCCGCGCACUUUUAACACAGAUUUACAAACACACACUACAGUCCCAAGUUCUACAUGCUCUCACAUGACUAUAAGCACAUUGCACAUGCUCAGACAACCAAACGCACACAUGCACACACAGUUACACUACUUCUCUCCCCAGCACCUGUACACAUGUGGACUGUAGGUGCUGGGUGCAGAGACCUGUAUAUAGCCUGUGUUGAGUGGCUGUAUUGUGUUGGUAUUGUCUGCUAGUAAAGGAGAGUUGUGGCGCAUGGACAAGCACCCUACCUGUGUUAUUACUGUCCUUAUUGUGGACCAGUUAGGGCCAAAUACCCUUUGUGCAAUACCAUGACUAUCUAUAUAUUUUAUAGUUUUGUUUGUUCAUGUGUUAUUUUUGUCUUAUUUUUUCUCAAAAUGUUUUUUGGGGGAUUAUAGUAUGAUUGAAAUCUUGCUCUCAUCAGUUCUCCUGUCUUGUGUGUAUAAAGUGAAUGUCGAGCUUACAAGUUACAGGCUAUUGAACUAAUUAUGUGGAGCAGAGUGUUACAGGCGGCCUGUGUAGCAGUGAAAAGUCUGGUGUCCAGCUAUCUCUUCCAUCUGCUAGUUUCAGAGUCCGUGUCUGUCCUACUGGUCUGAAUGUGGUGGUCCGUGGGCGGGUUCUUUGUCGUGAAUGUACGUUUUCCAUUUUUGUGUGUGAGUGCCCAUACGCCUGUCGGUGUAUGGCUUUUUGUUUUUAGCCACCAUCAGUGUUUUCAGCCCCCCUUUCCUUCCCUCUCUCCUCCAAAGGACCAAUUCCUCUUUUCCACCUCCAGCUGCCGUCUCGCUCAGCCAAAACCACUUGCUUUUCUGACUUUAGCUUUUUUCAAGAAUGGCUUUUUCUUUCUUAUUGCUCUCUUCCUUUUUUAUUAUAAUUAUUAUUGUAAAGUGUAUCUGGAGGAAACCUUUGUGUGUAUUACUACAACUAUACUAUUAUAGGUCUGUUACAGCUGGGCAAAAAGAAAUGUGGGGAACCAGCAGCUGAAUUACCUCUCAUUUCACCCCCACCCCCCCACCUACCCACACACACACACACACAAAACACCACAUACAGACUCUGUCCUCUGCCUCUUCCUUCUUCUCACUCUCUUUCUUACAAACACACACACGCACACCCAGAGAAGGACUGUUGUUGUGCGUACUGUACAGUUAUCAGAAGGCAAGCUGGUUGCUCUGUGUGCAGUAGAGUCGGUGUGUAGUGAAGCUUUGUGCACCCAGGGGUAGGGCUGUUCCUGGUCACACUUCUAUCUUACUCUGUGCCAAAAUGUAGUGCAACAUUCGGGCUAGUCCCGUCUGGUCUGAUUCUAUUAAAACACUGAGCUGUCGACAUCACUCCCAGACUCCUCUGUGUCUUCCUUCCUUCCUCCUUUAUUUAUUUAUUGGUGGCUUUUAUUGCUUGUUUCCUGCUGCUGUUCAGAGGCAGGUUUGUGGGAUGCUUGAAAGUUUGCAUAAGAAGAAGAAGAGAGGACAGGGUGGAGCAGAGGGAGAGAGGAAGGGGGUGGGGAGGAUGAUGCUUUUCCUGGCCAGCUGACCUAUCAUCAUGCUCAGUUUUGGAGGCCUGUAAGUGCUGCACAUGUAGAGGGGACAGGAGAACGCUCGCUGGAGUCUGUUCAAGUCAUCUGUACAGCAGGACAACACUGUGCCUUGUGACAUUUGGCACCUCUAAACGCCUCUCUGAUUAAUUAAGCUACCUCUGAUGGUGCAAACUGUAGUGGGGAGAUCUCCCUGCUGUGCUGUAAACUCCUGCUGCCACCAUCUCUUGUUUUUGAGCCAACAUUCAGCAUGACCCUGGAGCAGAGACAGUUGGACACAAUGACAGCUGACAAGGAGAAAAGAAGGGCAAUCAGCCGUGAGGCCGCCAGGAGGAGGCGGCGGAUAGAAUCGGAUGUGUUCAGAGAUUUAUCUCGUCUCCUGCCACUCCAGCUCUCGGCCCAAACUCACCUGGACAAACCCUCCAUCAUUCGCCUCAGCCUCAGCACCACUGGGACAAAAUAUGGGCCGGUGGUACAGGGUGGAGAGGAACAACAAAUAUGUGACAGAAGACUUGACUGUGAGGAGAGAGAGACACAGGAAGUCAAGACCUUGGAGGAGACCAGCAUGUACCUGAGGAUGCUGGAGGGGUUUCUGAUGGUCAUUUCCACUGAAGGAGACAUGAUCUUCCUGUCUGACAAUGUCAGCAAGUACAUGGGCUUGACACAGACUGAGUUGAUGGGACAUAAUAUUUUUGAGUUCACGCACCCCUGUGACCACGAAGAAAUCAGAAAUAAUCUACGUCUAACAGGAGAGGAAGUUUGGUGCCGUCCGAAGAGGGACUUUAUCAUCAGGAUAAAAAGCACUCUGACACACAGAGGAAGAAGCACCAACCUCAAAUCAGCUUCAUGGAAGGUUCUGCACUGUCAGGGGUGUGUGAAGGUGUGUCUGACCCCAUCUUCAGUUUCCUGCCUGCUGCUAACCUGCCAGCCUUUGCCCCUCUCACACACACUCCUCAGCACACACACCUUCACCAGCCAGCACCGCAUGGACAUGAGAUUCACAUACUGUGACCAGAGCGUGACUCUGCUUCUAGGUUACAGUCCUGACGAGCUGCUGGGCCGUUCGAUCUAUGAGCUCUGUCACGCACUGGACACAAACUGUUUGACCAAAAACCAUCUGAACUUGUGUUGGAAGAGUCAGUCAGUCAGCGGUCAGUACAGGAUGCUGGUGAAGGGUGGAGGUUACGUCUGGGUGGAGAGUCACAGUGCCGUCAUUCCCGGUGUUCGACCCUCCAAGUCUAGACGCUGCACCCACCAGCCGCUCUGCAUCCUCUGUGUUACCUACGUCCUCAGUGGAGUGGAGGAGCCGUCACUGCAGCUCUCUCUGGACCAGACCAUCCAUAGUUACAUGAGCUGAUACUGGAGUCAGAAAAUAGUCAGUUCUCAUCCUCUAUAAUAACAACAUUCUGCUCUACCUCUU